GAAUUGGUGAUUUGUGGUGUGGACCUGGUCAAUUUACAAAAGAUAAAAAUGAUGAUAAUGAUUGUCAUUAUGUGUUUGAUUAUAAUGAUAAGGAAUUGUUGGAUACUAAGACUAAAGAAGAUCAUAAUAUGAAGAAAGCAAAAGAAAUUUUAAAAAUGCAAAGCUAUGGUGCUAUUGGAACAAAUAGUGAUUGUCUUGACAAUCUUGUGAUACCACAAAAUCAUCUGAUUAUAAUGUUAACUUAUCAUACACAGGCUUUUUUAAUUGUGGUGAGAAUAUUAGAGUAUGGAAAAGGAUUGGUGUCAGGAAUGCAAAGUCUUGAUGAAACAAAUUGUAAAAUAAUAAUGGAGUUGUUUGAGGAAUUGAUUAAAAUGACCGCUUUUAAUGUUGGAAAUCAGUCUUCUGUGAAAUUAUUUGAAACUGGCUUAUCAUUAUUUGUGAAAUUAUGUAAAUGUGGAGAAGAUCUAAUUAUUCCAUCAAUGAUUGAAAAGUGUUUAAAUACUUUUGUACCACUUUUAAGAGAAAAUUAUGUUUCACUGACCUUGAAGACAUACAUUCUACAACAAAUAAUAAUAUGUAUGAUAGAACCUCAAGUUGUUGAGAAACUUCUUGGAUGGAAUGAUCCUAAUGAUUUGAAAAACAAUACUCAUGCAUUAUAUCAAAAACACAUAUUAUCAUUUCUGUUGAUUA